UUGUUCUUUUUCUUCCUUCGCCAAUCUCUUGACGAAGACUGUCUCCUCCUCCUUAAAUUCUAUUUGCAUUUGUUUGGGCUUUCUUGUAAGGAGCUUUAUUUGGUCUUGCAAGCUUCUAGUUAGCAUUAAAGCACAAAACCAACCAAUGUUUUCUUGUUGGAAAAUUUAAUUUGGUAGGUGGGCUUUGUCCAUAUAGAUCCAGAAAUGUACACAUGGAGUUUCUUGUGGUUGUUUUGUUUGCCUUAUGGUAUCCUAUUCGUUCUAUCUUCAAGUUUAUUGUAUUCAUUGCAAUUCUUUUCUGGGUUGCCAGAGAGAUGAAGACAGCUCCUGUUUUCCCUAAGGGUGAGGUUGGGGAUUGCAAUGGGUUUGGUUAUGAUCCUCAGUUGGAUUUCUCAAAGAUUUUAGAAGAAGCAAGCAAGCAUACAAAUGAUGUGAAAUUCUCGUUGUCACCAGUGUACUCAGAAGAAAAGAAGGUUGAGGUUGAAGCUGCGAAGAACAAAAAGUCAUGGAAAAGAUCAUUGUUCUUCUGGUUUAAGCUUGGCAAGAAGAGCUCAAAACACAGUAGAACAUCCAAAACCAAUGCCUCAAAUUGCUCUCAUGUUCCAAAUCAUAAACAUGGUCCAGUUUCAGGUCCGUUAUUUGGAAAUGGAGGUAACUUGGCUCAUAUCCAGCGUAGCAUUCGACGCUCGACAUCGGGGCCCCUUGCUAGUUGCUUCACUCCGACAAGAGCAGAAGAAAAUGAAGUACGUUACAUGUGUCUAGCCCAACAAAGUCAUCCUUCAGUUGUUCAGGCUUUUGGGCCAAUCUACCUGGUCACAUGAACAUCAUUCUUCAGUAAUAGAAUAUAGGAUCAUUUAUUCCCUUUUGGAAUAUAGAUUAGAGAGUUGUGCAUGUUGUCUUGUUCUUUUUGACAGUUUCCUCAUCAGUUUCCAAUGCAUCUCGCUCAACAUGGAUUCUACGA